GAAACUGAGAUUUUUUGGGAAGGGGAGGCUAUCAAGAGGGAAGAUGAGGAAAGACUCGACGGUGUGGGGUAUGAUGACAUUGGCGGUGUUCGGAAACAAUUAGCUCAAAUUCGUGAGUUGGUGGAGCUUCCCCUCCGCCAGCCCCAACUUUUCAAGAGUAUCGGUGUUAAACCCCCAAGAGGAAUUCUGCUGUACGGGCCACCCGGUACCGGAAAGACAUUGAUUGCCAGAGCUAUUGCUAAUGAAACUGGUGCUUUUUUCUUUUGCAUUAAUGGACCGGAGAUUAUGUCCAAGAUGACAGGGGAGAGUGAGGGGAACUUGAGAAAAGCAUUCGAGGAAGCCGAAGCUAAUGCUCCUUCGAUCAUAUUCAUUGAUGAAAUUGAUUCCAUUGCUCCUAAACGUGAGAAAGCACAAGGAGAAGUAGAGAGGAGGAUUGUCUCCCAGCUGUUGACUCUCAUGGAUGGGUUGAAAUCUCGGGCUCAUGUCAUUGUGAUUGGAGCUACGAAUAGGCCUAAUAGCAUUGAUCCUGCAUUGCGAAGGUUUGGAAGAUUUGAUAGGGAGAUUGACAUAGGUGUUCCAGAUGAAGUUGGCCGCCUUGAGGUUCUUCACAUCCAUACGAAGAACAUGAGACUCUCUGAGGAUGUGGAUUUAGAGAGAGUAGCAAGGGAUACUCAUGGAUAUGUUGGGGCUGAUCUUGCCUCUCUCUGCACGGAAGCUGCAAUGCAAUGCAUUAGGGAGAAGUUAUCAUUGUUCGACCUCGAAGAUGAAACUAUUGAUGCUGAAAUUUUGAAUUCUAUGGCCGUAACUGAUCAACACUUCGAGACUGCUCUUGGAACAAGCAAUCCUUCUGCAUUGCGCGAAACAGUGGUUGAAGUACCUAAUGUCACCUGGGGCGACAUUGGUGGCCUUGAGUCAGUCAAACGAGAGCUUCAAGAGACUGUUCAAUAUCCUGUGGAGCAUCCUGAAAAGUUUGAAAAGUUUGGAAUGUCACCUUCCAGAGGAGUUCUGUUCUAUGGUCCUCCUGGUUGCGGAAAAACACUGCUGGCUAAGGCUAUUGCAAAUGAAUGUCAAGCAAAUUUCAUCAGCAUCAAGGGUCCUGAACUGCUUACAAUGUGGUUUGGAGAGAGUGAGGCCAAUGUAAGAGAUAUUUUUGACAAGGCUCGCCAAUCAGCCCCCUGUGUCCUCUUCUUUGACGAAUUAGACUCCAUUGCUGUACAAAGAGGAAGCAGAAUUGGAGAUGCUGGGGGUGCUUCUGACAGAGUUUUGAACCAGCUUUUGACUGAAAUGGAUGGAUUAUCAGCUAAAAAAACUGUGUUUAUAAUCGGCGCAACCAACAGGCCUGAUAUCAUUGAUUCUGCACUCUUGAGGCCAGGUCGUCUUGAUCAGCUCAUUUUCAUUCCACUACCGGAUGAAACUUCCAGAUUGCAGAUAUUCAAAUCAUGUCUGCGAAAGUCACCCGUCUCAAAUAACGUGGACUACGAAGCUCUUGCAAGGAUUACAGAAGGAUUUAGUGGCGCUGAUAUCACAGAAAUCUGCCAACGUGCUUGCAAAUAUGCCAUAAGAGAAGACAUUGAAAAGGAUAUUGAAAGGGAGAAGAAGAGGAAUGGUGAAGCCAUGGAUGAGGAUGUGAAUGAGGUAGCCGAAAUCAAGGUUUCUCACUUUGAGGAGGCUCUGAAGUUUGCAAGAAGGAGUGUCAGUGAUGCUGAUGUGCUCAGAUACAGGAAAUUUGCUCAAAGGUUGCAGGAAUCAAGAGGGUUUGGAUUCGAAGGAUUAAAAUCGUCUUAACCAGAGCUGCCUUUUCCUAACAUAAACUGAAGCUAGUUUCCAUUGAUGUUUACUUUAGACUAUGUUACUUGCUAAUAUUUUGUUUGUUGAACAUUUUUACAUCAUUAAAUGAAUAAUUCAGAAAGAACAGUAAAUAUAUGUUGUCAACUUCU